AUGCUUGUUGAGCCGCGAUCCAUAUCUUUGCACUCAGACUCCGUGGCGGUAUCGUUGUCGACACUUUUGGUGAAGAGCUAUGAAAAAAUGAAGGGGGCUUCUCCGUUCACACCAAUAGAAGCCAGCUGGCUACUUAUUGCCAUGCAGGAAGGCAGUCUACCACUUCAUGAUCCGGUAGACACAGGGGUGGCAUCGCUAAGUUGUUUUCUUUCUUUCUCACGAAAGGUGGCAAAAGUUCCUUUAAGGGCGGCAUCAAACGCUUCUCUCUUUAUCGAGUCAGUAACGAAGGCGGGUGAGGUUAGAGUAUGUUGUAGGGCUCGCAAGAAUAUUCCUGCGGAGGCACGGGUAAGAUUGCAUGUGGGUCGUUCGUUGGACGCUUCUGUGACAGUUGAGGACAAACUGCAACUUGAAUGGGGAAAUUAUUGUUGUGGAAUAGAAGGGCGAUUGCUUGGUGUUGCAUGA